CCGUUUCAAACACACCAACAUCCAGAUGAAGAUUUGUCAAAAAAACACUUUUAGAAGAAAGAAUAACAAAUCUCGUGACAAGUCAAGAUCAAAGACUACAAUUAACAACAGCUCAACAACUUAGAUUAUUAUAACCCCAAAACCAACCCAAACUCCUAUUUAUAAAGCAACAUGCAACAUUCAUCUGCAUAAUAACAGAUCAUAGAAUCAAUAUCACCACUUUGGCAAUUAAAGACUCUUUACCAUUCUUCCCGACUCAAGAGAUUAGUCUGCGGUUGCGCUCGGAAUAUUUUGUACCUAUCAGAAAGAAAAAUGUAUUACAUCAUUCUUGCUGUUAUUUCUCUUAUAACACUAAAAUUUCUCAUAAUCUCAACAAAAAAACUCAGAAACCUUCCACCAGGUCCACUGAGUAUUCCCAUAAUUGGAAACAUUUACCAACUCAAACACCCACUUCACCGCACUCUCCACAAUCUCUCACUAAAAUACGGUCAAGUCUUUUCCCUACGCUUCGGUUCUCGUUUAGUCGUAGUCGUUUCAUCACCUUCCGUCGUACACGAAUGUUUCACCAAAAACGACACCGUUUUAGCAAACCGUCCACCUCUUCUCGCCGGAAAACACUUAGGCUACAACUACACCGCCGUUACAGUGGCACCUUACGGCGAUCACUGGCGUAACGUUCGCCGCAUAAUCUCCCUGGAGAUCCUUUCAUCUCACCGUUUGAAUUCCUUUUUAGGAAUCAGAAAAGAUGAAAUCAAGAAACUCAUGCAAAAGCUAGCUCGUGAUAGUGGAGAUAGUUUUGCCAAAGUGGAAUUGAAGUCGAGGUUUUCGGAGAUGACUUUUAACAUGAUAAUGAGAAUGAUAGCUGGAAAAAGGUAUUAUGGAGAGGAUUGUUACGUGAGUGAUGAGGAAGAAGCCAAGAGAUUUAGGGAGGUGAUUACCGAGUUUAUAUCGGUGGGAGGAUCGAGUAAUCCUAGCGAAUUUGUUUGGAUUUUUAGGUUGUUUGAUUUUGGUAGUUAUGAGAAGAGGUUGAAGAGAAUUAGUAGAAGAUUUGACGGGUUCUUGCAGGGUCUAGUUGAUGAACAUCGAAGAAAGAAGGAGAAUGGGAAUACCAUGAUUGAUCAUCUCUUGAACUUGCAAAAAUCGCAACCAGAGUAUUAUACUGAUCAAAUCAUCAAAGGGAUUGUUCUGGUUAUGAUCCUUGGAGGAACAGAAACAUCAGCUACAACAUUAGAAUGGGCAAUGUCUGCAUUACUAAAUCAUCCAGAAGUGUUGAAGAAGGCUAAAGAAGAAAUCGAUACCAACAUAGGGCAAGAUCGCUUAGUAGAAGAAUCAGAUAUUUCAAAACUCCCUUACCUUCAAAACAUAAUCCACGAGACAUUUCGGUUGCAUCCCGCAUUUGCAUUACUGGCGCCCCAUUUUUCUUCGGAAGAUUGCACCAUAGGAGGUUAUAAUGUUCCAAAGGGUACUAUUUUGUUGGUUAAUGCUUGGGCAAUUCAUAGAGAUUCUCAGCUAUGGAGUGAUCCAACACAGUUCAAGCCAGAGAGAUUUGAGAAAGAAGGGGAAGCUGAAAAGUUGAUACCAUUUGGAUUGGGAAGAAGGGCUUGUCCAGGAGCAAAUUUGGGGCAGCGUACAGUAAGUUUAACAUUGGCUCAAUGUAUUCAAUGUUUUGAUUGGAAAAGAAUAAGUGAGAAAGAAAUUGAUAUGAGUGAAGGAAAAGGGGCCACUACACCGAAGCUAAUUCCCUUAGAAGCCAUGUGUAAAGCUCGUUUUAAUGUCAUCAACAAGGUUUUUCUUGAAGCAGAUGAAAAGAUGUCCAUGGAGUAAAUCAUUAAUCACUUCAGAAAAAAAGAAUAUGAAGUUUAAAUCACUUCAGAAAAAAAGAAUUAUGAUAAAUCAGAUUGAAAAUUUUAAAUAACUCAUAUGAGAUUGUAGUGAUACAUUAUUAUUGAAUAAUAGUGUAAAACUUUUACACUGCUAGAGGAUCUCCAUUAAACCCAAUAUUCUUUAGUGACUAUAUGAAGUUAUUCAUGUAUCAUAAAGUGAUAUGUUUUUCUUUCACCUUAACAUAAGUUGUGUUUAAAAUAAGGAUAUUAAAUUACAAUUUGAGCCAUUGGUGGUGAGACGUUGAACACAUACAAAGAUUUAUGCAUCAACUCUCAAGUACAAAUUUAGGAAUUUAAUAUCCUUGUCUCUUUUUAAUAUAUAUCUAAAACAAUUUGUUUGUAAAAAAAAUAUAAUAAAUAAUAUUGUUUUCUUUUAA